UGGAAGAAAAUAAAUAUUAAUACUCACUCAUAUAUGGGUUAUUACACCAUAUUCAAACAAAAUACUAAAUUUGGUUUUCAAAUUUCAUGUUUGCAUUAUAAUUAAACAACCAUGAACAUCACCCACUAAUAUAGUACUUUGAUCUUAUCCAUGUCAAUUCAGUUUGAGCCCCUGCAAGUAAGUUGACUUGCAAGGAGGGGGAGAAAAGGUGUGACGCCCAAAUCGUUCAUAUUUGUACACUCAAAGAUUAAUUGUAUCCGUGGAGUUUUGAAAACGACCGUAAUUACAAUUAAUAUAUAUACCAUACUGAAUCCCCGGUCUGACCAAUAAAAGAACAAGAAGAAAUGGUUUUACUUGAUUGUCUUAUUAUCAUUACAUGUAAGAACCGAGGGACGGCAGAAGAGCUAGCUUGUACAAUGUAAGCAUUUGGCUCCUGAAUAACCAACCUUAAGAUUCUUGUAAGUUUGGCUUUCAUAUAUAAGGAAUUAUAUACUAUAACAGAGCAGAGGGAAGUUGAAGACACGAAAUUAUAUGGACAGAGACAUUGACAAACAUAUAUAGUAUCAGAAUUUUUCAGCUUAUAUCUGCAUGGCACCCAUUCAGCCACUAUUUUUUCUGGUUCUCUUGUUGAUGAUUCGUGACAUCUCCUCGCUUACUGACUCUCGCGAUGUUGCAGUGCUGAGAACAUUGAAAGAUGGGUGGAAAAACACACCCCCCAGCUGGGAAAAUUCGGAUGAUCCUUGUGGGGGUAAUGGAUGGGAGGGCGUCACCUGCUAUAACUCUAGAGUGACUCGACUGACCUUGUCAACUAUGGGACUUGUGGGUGAAUUGAGUGGUGCCAUAGGGGAUCUGGAAGAAUUGACCUCUUUGGAUCUGUCAUUUAAUGAAGGUUUAACAGGUUCCCUUCCUCCGCAGCUGGGCCUUCUAAAGAAUCUCAGCACACUAAUUCUAGCAGGAUCUGGCUUCAGUGGCACUAUUCCAACUGAACUGGGAAAUCUUACUCAACUAUACUUCUUAGAUCUUAGCUCAAACAGCUUCACUGGGGUGAUCCCACCUUCUUUGGGUUCUCUCUCCAAACUCUACUGGUUAGGCCUGGCAAAUAAUAAGUUUACAGGAUCAAUCCCUGUUUCAACACUUGCUAAACCAGGCAUGGACUCUCUUAAAAAGGCAAAGCACUUCAAUCUCAACAACAACCAGCUUUCUGGUCCAAUUCCUGAUACACUUUUCAGCUCUGAGAUGGCACUUAUACAUGUGUUGUUUGAUGGAAACCAGUUUACAGGAAGCAUUCCUGAAACGAUUGGACUGGUUCAGACACUUGAAGUUCUUCGGCUUGAUAGGAAUGCUCUAUCUGGCAAGGUUCCAUCAAAUAUUAUGAACCUGGUUAAUGUCGUUGAACUUAACUUAGCAAACAACAAACUCUCUGGCCCUUUACCAAACUUGACUGGAAUGAACUCACUCAGUUACUUGGACUUGAGCAACAAUUCCUUUGAUCAAUCAGAAGCUCCUGCAUGGUUGUCAACGUUAUCAUCGCUAACCACUCUGAUUGUUGAAUAUGGGCCAUUUCAAGGAAUUGUGCCAAGUGAACUUUUUAGUCUCCCACAGAUUCAGCAAAUAAAGCUGAGAAAUAAUGCUUUCAAUGGAACAUUAGAUUUGGGUAGCAGCGUCAGCCAGCAGCUGGAGCUCAUCGACUUGCAGAAUAAUCUCAUAUCCUCUUUUAUACUAAGUUCUGAAUAUCACAAGUUAAUGUUACGAGGAAAUCCUAUAUGUGCCAAUAGUACUCUGGGAAAUACGGAUUUCUGUAAGCUUCAAGAAGAAUCGUCAAAGCCAUACUCAACAAGCCUUGAACAAUGCGGGAACAUAUCUUGUGUUUCUGGACAGAAGCUGGACCCAGCAAGCUGUGAAUGUGCAUAUCCAUACCAAGGGACAUUAUACUUCAGAGGGCCCUCUUUCCGGGACCUGUCCAAUGCUACCAUUUUUCACACAUUAGAAAUGAGCCUGUGGGUUGAGUUCGGCCUUACUCCAAACUCAGUUUACUUAGACAAUCCAUUCUUUAACAGCAAUGACUAUCUUCAGGUGAACAUGGGACUGUUUCCAUCGAAUGGUGUAUCUUUUAAUACGUCUGAUAUUCAGAGAUUCGGCUCUGCUUUUAGUAAUCAGACUUACAAAUCUCCUAAUGUUUUUGGCCCUUAUUACUUUAUAGCUUCUGCUUAUACAAUAGGAUUAUGAAGACCCUUGUUUCCUGGUUCAGAUGCUCUUCAUCCAAUUACAAAAAUAAGCUUCAAGUGUAGCGUUCAACCUUGUACUUUUUUUGUUUAAAUAAAUUUGUGUUA